AUGGCAACCUCGAACGUGCCCGAACUGGCAGCAGGUAAGCUGCCGGAUCUACCUGAAGCUGGAUUCUACCUGCCCAACUUCAUAACGAAAGAACAAGAAGAAUACAUCCUAUCAGAGAUCGCAAGGUUGCCAGAGGCGAGAUGGGCUGUGCUAACUCACCGACGCUUGUUGUCAUUGCCCUCACAACUGACAGGUCCUGCUAAAGACAAGUUGAUCGACGCGCCUAUGCCGGCCUUCCUCACCAAGAUCAUACUCGACAAGUUCAAAGAGUUGCACAUCUUCGACGACUCUGCGCAUGGUGCACCGAAUCACUGCCUCGUAAAUGAAUACCAACCAGGUCAGGGUAUCAUGCCUCACGAGGACGGUCCCGCCUAUUUCCCGAUUACCGCAACGAUCAGUCUGGCUGCUCAUACAGUGCUGAAUAUUUACAAGAAGAAUGAACAAGGUGAAAGAGAAGCUGCUCCCAUAUGGCGCAUACUGCAAGAGCGUCGAAGCUUGCUCCUCACAACUGGAAGCAUGUACAAGGAUACACUGCACGGUAUAUUUGAUCUAGAGCAAGACACGGACUUACAGUCAGGGUCUAUCGCCAACUGGCAGUUGCUGGGAGACAAAAGCUCUUUUGAGAAUGGCACUGCUAAUAGACAGACUCGUGUCAGUCUCACUUAUCGGGAUGUCUUGAAAGUCGCCAAAAUCGGAUCAGCACUGAAGUUUAUGAGCAAGAAAUAA